UCAUAAUGCAGAAGAAAUAUUAAUCGUUUUCAGAUGAUGUUCCUCUAUGUCACAUGGCCCAGCAGUCGGUUUCCGAUCAGGCUUGUGGGUUUAGUUUUGACCAAAUUAAAGGACAUUUUGCAGCACAUUUAGAGCCUGGGGAAAUCAUUUAAUGACAGAAAUGUGGUUUACCAUCUCAUUGUCGCCCUGUGUGUUUAUCAUCUGAUGGGAUUUUUUUUGUCACAAGAAUACCCUUAGACACAUAGAGGGCAAGCUUCAUCCCCCAACCUCCCCUCUCAUUGUCUAAUUAUGGAAGGUGAAAGGAGGAUGUACUAUAGCUCAUCAUUUGCAUGUCUCUGGUGUUUAAAAGGGGGCGUGUUGGUCUUGGCUUCGCCACAGAGAGGAAUGGAUUCCUCCGGGAUAGCACAUAUAUGCCUUGGGACUUUGCCUCUCUCCUACAUCUCAUGAUUCCACAGUAUACUCACAGAACUUCGUUUUUUUUUAAAUCUGGCUUUCAGUUAGAGGAAUUUGCUGAGGUGGAGAUGAUUCGUGACCUGAAGUUAUUCCAGAGGACACUAUUGUUUGGUCAUAUUAUCUUGAAGGAUACAAGGUAGUAAAGGAGACAUCUUACUGGCUGGGCACUCCACUUGAUAUGGGGAUAUAGGGUAUGAUGUCCCCCAUGAUCUUCCUACUGCUUUUAAUCCUGAGGCUCACAACCACUGGAACAUCAGCACAGACAUGGAGACACUGUACAGAUUUACCCCCUCUGGAUCUCCUAUCCUUUGUCCUGGAGAAGGACACCUCCAGACCCACACCAGGGGUUCGAGUGAUGGAGGACGGAGGGAUGAGGGGUGUGCGUUUCUCUCGCCCGCAUCCUUCCCUGAGCUUCCCCUCCGCCCAACUUCUGGUGAACUGCGACCUCUUUCCCGUUGAUUUCUCUAUCGUGGUGACCCUGAAGGUUAGCCCCGCUGAUCUCAAGAGGAACGAGUACAUCUUUUCUCUGUUGGAGGAAAAUGAUUACGACAACAGAACGGUUAGGGGAAGGAUGACGGAGGAAGACAAGACGAGGGGGCAAACGGCGGGGAGGCGCGAGGAGGCGGCGGCGGCGGCCAGGAAACAACAAGAAGAGAAAGGAGAUGAGGCGUCUGGAGCAACCGCCAGACAGCGGGGAGCAGUCAUCCUGGGGCUGAAGAUCGCCGGGAGUCGUCUGCACUUGGUCUUCCAGGGUCACGCCAAGGCCACAGAGAACUGGGUGUUCAGAGGGGUGGAGCUGACGGAAAGCCAGUGGCACACGCUGGUGUUGGUGGUCACAGGCCAGCGCGCCACACUCAGCGUGGACUGCAAUGCCCCGGUAGACAUGGGUCUCUCCAGGUCUUUCCCCACUGAUCUCGACAUCAAGGGAUCAACAUUCCACCUGGGGAGCCGUGGGAGAUGGAAAGGCCUGUUUUCAGGUCUGGUCCGACAGCUGGUCCUCGUGCCUGGUUCGGAUGCCACCCCCCAGGUCUGUCCGUCCUCUGAACCCGGACGGAUAAACACCCUCUCAGUACCACCAGUUCUGUUCGACCUGUCUGUCAAAGCACAGAAGACUGACAGCCACCCGCCAUCCUAUGAGGCACAGUUGAAAGUGUCAAUUGGUCCCCAGAACUCAUGUUCAGAGACACUGCGGGGACAACUAUGGUUCAACCCCAACAGGAAGGGUCUCUACCUCUGCGAUGGCGCCACAUGGAUCCCACUUCUGGAGGAGCACAAGCGUCUGGACUAUGUGGUGGAACGUCAGGUUCUCACCACCAGCUCCGAAACGUACGACAUAGAGGUAUUCCAGAUGCCGGGUAUGGGGCUGAUGGCCGCCAUGGCCCAUCGCUCCACAUCUUCUGGCUCUGGGGUCUACUUAUGGUCCCAGUCAGGUUUCCAGCUCUACCAGAGUAUCAGCACCUAUGGAGCUCUGUCUUGGAGAUAUUUCACCUUGGGCGAAAAGGCGUUUCUUGUAGUGUCCAACUCUGGCGGUUGGUCCCAAGAGUUGGCUGAGGAAGAGGCCAAAGAGGAGUUUUCUAUCAUUUACAAGUGGAGCAAGAAGAGGAAGCGCUUUGUGACCUACCAGACCCUUCGGACCCACUGCGCCAGGGACUGGGAAGCCUUUAGCAUCAAUGGACACACCUAUCUCGCAGUGGCCAAUCACAGACAACCAAACAACAACCACACUAUAGAAAGCGUUCUGUACCGGUGGAACAGAAGAAGCAAGUCUUUUGAGGUUUACCAGAGGCUGCAGACCUCAGGGGCCUACGACUGGGAGUUCUUCACUGUCGGACCAUACCAUUUUCUGGUGGUGGCGAAUGCUUUUGAUGGCGUGACGACUCACGUAGACUCUGUCAUCUAUGUGUGGCUCAGUGGGAGCUUCCAGGUGUUUCAAACCAUUAAGACGUUUUGUGCGACCGACUGGGAGAUGUUUCAGAUUGACGGCCGGGUGUUCCUGGUCGUGGCCAAUGGCCACCGGCUCCAUGGAAGCGGGCCCAGCGAGUACGCCAUCAACUCCACCAUUUAUGAACUCGAUUUAAGCGCUCGUUUAUUCGUUCGCUUUCAAGACAUCAUCACCUACAGUGCGGUGGACUGGGAGUUCUUCAUCCUGGGCGAAGACUACUUCCUGGUGGUUGCAAACUCCUUUGAUGGGGACUCGUACUCCCUAAACAGUGUCCUCUACAGGUGGCAGGGAUAUGAAGGAUUUGUUCCUGUUCACUGGCUUCCGACGAUCGGGUGCAGUGACUGGGAAUUUUUCACUUAUGAAGAGAAAUCGUAUUUGAUCUACUCCAGCGCCAAAGCUCCUCUGUCUAAAGUCUUUAUGUUGAAAACUCAUUAGAAGAGAGUCAGCACACCAAACAGGGUGUGCGAAAACACAGGUGUGGUGUGUGUGUGUGUGUGUGUGUGUGUGUGUGUGUGUGUGUGUGUGUGUGUGUGUGUGUGUGUGUGUGUGUGUGUGUGUGUGUGUGUGUGUGUGUGUGUUGGUGUGUGUGAGAGAGAGAGAGAGAGUAUCGCACAUGUGCAGACGUGCGAUAAUGUGUAAUUAUACUCUUACUGUAAGCCUACCUGUCUACAAUACUCGGCUCAAUCGUAAGCAAUCUUCAGAGCCUCACGUAGCCUUCUUUGAAGCUGUUUGUGAAACCAGUGUACCUCAAUUAAUAAUGCAAAAAUAGUGCUUAGAAAUAAUGGUCAGAUGUGUUCAUAUUCUUCUUUCCUGUGGGAAUAUUUAUAUUUUAACAGUUGCAUGAAUUUAUUCUGUAAUAAAAAAAUAUGAAUC